UUGUACCAGAGCACGAAGACACACUCUCAAGGCGACAUGGGGGAAGUGGACGGAAAAGAGCAGAAGAUUGCUGGGUACAUCAACCAGCAGAGGGAACUGGUGGCCAACAUCCAGGCGGCCGCAGACAGCAGGGUCCAGAGGAAAACACAUCAGCUGGGUCAUCUGACCGAGACAGGGCUCAGGUCCAUCCAGGAGAAGCACGAGCUGUUGGAGAAGCGGUCCGAGUCCGAGGUGAAUCGUCACACAGUGCAUGAUGUCCGUCAGCUGGCCUCUGAGAUACAUGAGGAGAAGCUCCAGAUCGAGGUGGAGCUCAAGCGACACAGAGACCGGGAGCUUCGCGAUGCCAACAAAUUGAUUUAUAAGGAGCUGAGCUCUCAGCAGGAGGAACUGGACAUGAUCAAGCCAGCCCUUGUGGGAAAGGUCCUGCGGGAGAUGUACAGGGAUCUUUCCCGGGAGUAUGAGAAGGACCAGCCAGACCCGGACCCCAGGAAGUUUGCAGAACACAGCCUGAUUAAUGAGGAAGCAGUCCAGUUGGACAUGGCCCAGUUGGACUUCAACCAGCAGGCGUUUGAACAGGAGGAGUCAGACCAAGAGGAUCCAGACCAGGAGGACCCAGACCAGGAAGACUCAGGCAAAGAUCAGGAUGCCAUACUGCAAGAGUCCCAGCACAAGAAGAAGACCAAGACGAGAACGCUGGUUUACAUGGAUGAUCUGCUCAAUGACAUGAAGAACCGAGAAGAAGAGCUCGACCGAGAGAUCCUUCUUCUUGAAGGCAUUGAUGAAUCCUUUUUUGAGCAGAUGCUGGCAGCCAUGAUUGAGAGUGAGGAACUCAUGUCUCAGAUGUCGGACGGCCCUAAAAAAGAGAAGGAGAAGAUGACCUUGGAGAAAAUGUACAAGAAAAAGAAGAAGCGUGACGCCAUGGCAUACCUGUACAACUGCAUCAGACACCAAGUGAUUCUGGCCAGAAGAGAGCAGGAUGUCCUGCAGCCACGUCUGAUCCAGACCCAGAUCCGCAGCUACCAGGAGGAGCACCGCUUGGAGAAGAAACUCGACUCGCUGACGUCGUCCGACACCAAGAUUCUAGAGAAGAUGUGGAACAUGCUCACAGAUGACAUGAAGAACUUGGUGGAACGAAAUUUGGACAUUGACUCAAAACUGUUCAAGUAUCUGGACGUCGAGUGGGAACGACCAUCAAUAGCCUUCAUGGAGCCCACCAAUCCAAACCAUGAUGUAUCUGUGCAGAACUGGAAUCUGGAAAGUAUCAGAGUCUUUUGGAAGCGAGUGACGGACAUCUUCCCCGAAAACCAACUUCAGAUGUACAGAGUAGCGACUGAGGAGCUGAUGAACUACCACGCUCAGCUGAGGAGGAACUCGGAUCUGAUCCAAGACACUCAGCUCCUGGAGGACAACAACGCGCAGCUCAAACAGCUCCUGGACCUUGGAAACACCAAGACGCCGUUACAAACCAACAACCGGGGUGUAGACACCAACAACCAGGGGAUGUCAAGUCACUGUGACACAGUCUGCGCAAACUAUUGGACUAAGGUUGCUAAGACUCCAGACAUCCUGGAGGACUCCAAUGUGUCACUGCCGCAUUUGCCCUUCUGCGUAGAGACAUGGCACCCAAAGACCUAGACGCCAGUGGACUCCCUACAACAAGGGAUAAUGACUCGGGCAACGGACCGAAACCAAACUCUCUUUGGCUGUUUAAAGGACUGUCAUUGUCUUGUGAUGUUUGUUAGUUAUCUUUAAGUGUACUUCACCUUUGUUUAUUUCCUAGAUUAUUUAGAUGAACUGCCCGCCUAUUGUUGUGUAAGCAAGCAUCAUCUGCAAUACUUGAGUGAGACACAUCCACCUGAGGAUUCCCAAGGCCAGACGUCAAAGGGCCGAAAAUAAUGUAUUAAAUAAUGUUAUUAAAGAGAAUAACUGACACGUCCUUAACAUGCAUCAUAGCACAAGCAUAACCGUGAUGCACAAAUCCACGCCAAGUUCCCUUCCAUCGAAUUGAAUUGUUGACAUUUAUAGUCUCUGAUGGUGAGAGAAGCCUGUUGAAAAACAAAGCUAGUAGCACUUGGUUCUCUGUCUGUAAACGCAGCGAGGUAAUGAUCUGUUGAUUUGGAGCCAGUGUUUGUAGGCCUCACUGUAUGAGUCACUGGGCACUAUUUGGCCUUCGGCCCAUGAGUUUAACACAUGAUGUCCCGAGCCAAAUUGGAGUGGUACUUCAAAAACAACAACACAAGACUGUCACUAAGUACAGACUGUAAAAUCAGGAUAAAACAAACAAUGAGAAUAAUAAAUACUUAGAAUUAAGACAUG